CCUAAGUUUAAUUCUCAUCCUAAGACCCGGCGCAACCCUACCCUUGACUCGGUCCGCAGAAGGUACGGACCCGGGCUGCAGGCACGGUCGUUAGAAACAUCAAGCGCCUUGUGGGGGUCACGCCCGCCCCCACUGACAUCGAGAUGCUUUCCAAGAUGGUCGGGGCCCCCGUCGUCAUCGGUUCCGGCGGCGGUGCCGCCGUCAGCCUGCCUGGUUGCGAGGACGAGCUCUCACCCCUUCAGUACUUCGCCCUCAUGUUCGGGCACCUGAAGAACCUGAUCGGCGCGGAGCUGACGGGGCUAGGUCUCACCUGGGACGACGCGUGCGUGGCGAUCACGACGCCUGCGCGCUGGUUCGCGCAUGACCAUGAGGUGGGUGUUGCGACCAGGCCCCGGCCCGAUUUCUUUGCAUAGACCUAUAAGGAGUACCCCAUAGAAGACCCCUGGCGCGCCGGGCGACUAGUUUACUGGCCUUUGACGAAACUUGACCAUUUGAACAGCAUUACCGCAUUUCCAGCCUUUGUGCAGCGCCCGGUGCGCCAGGUGACCAUCUAGAAGUGUUACAAAGUAGAUGGAGCGAAGCGGACAAGGCGGUCGCUGUUGGCUGCUCUGGGCGCUGGAGGGCUCUGCUCUGACGGUAGGGUCGC